UUCCGCAUUCUUUUCUACUCAAAUCCUGUAUUGUCAAUUCUCUCAUGCCCUCCCCCCUUCUUUUCUUCUUUCUUCUUCUUCUUCUACUACUACUGUCUCCCUCGGAACCCAACCCAAAUUUAAUCAGUAACGAGCAUUCAGGUGGUUGCUGCUCCUUCUAGUAACCGCAGAUCUGCGGCGGAAUCACCCGUUUCCAAUUGAGAUCUCCGUCGAUCCCAGAUGCCGGUGGCUGCUUCCGCCGUCUACUUUCUCAACCUCCGUGGUGACGUUCUCAUUAAUCGCCUCUACCGCGACGAUGUCGGGGGAAACAUGGUGGAUGCCUUCCGGACCCAUAUUAUGCAAACGAAGGAGCUUGGUACUUGUCCUGUGAGGCAGAUUGGUGGUUGCUCCUUCUUUUACAUGAGGAUCAGCAAUGUCUAUAUUGUCAUUGUAGUCAGCACCAAUGCUAAUGUUGCUUGCGCUUUCAAGUUCGUUGUUGAGGCUGUUGCACUGUUCAAAUCAUACUUUGGUGGUGCUUUUGAUGAGGAUGCUAUUCGCAAUAAUUUUGUACUCAUUUAUGAGCUUCUAGAUGAAAUUAUGGACUUCGGUUACCCACAAAAUCUUUCAGCAGAGAUCUUAAAACUUUAUAUCACUCAGGAAGGAGUGCGAUCCCCGUUUUUGUCCAAGCCCGCAGAUAAACCUGUUCCAAAUGCUACUUUACAAGUUACUGGGGCUGUUGGUUGGCGGAGAGAAGGUCUUGUCUACAAAAAGAAUGAGGUCUUUCUAGAUAUUGUGGAAAGUGUAAAUCUUCUUAUGUCUUCAAAAGGUAGUGUUCUGCGUUGUGAUGUCACGGGGAAGAUUCUCAUGAAAUGCUUUCUUUCUGGAAUGCCUGAUUUAAAGUUGGGUUUGAAUGAUAAGCUCUUCAAUUUUUUUUUAAAUAUAUUUUUUAACUAUGGUAAAACUAUUGAGCUUGAUGAUGUCACCUUCCACCAGUGUGUAAAUUUGACAAGGUUCAACUCGGAGAAGACUGUUAGUUUUGUGCCACCUGAUGGUGAAUUUGAACUAAUGAAGUAUCGUAUCACUGAGGGAGUCAAUCUUCCCUUUAAAGUACUGCCAACCAUCAAGGAACUUGGUCGAACAAGGAUGGAAGUGAAUGUUAAGGUAAAGAGUACUUUUAUUGAAAAGUUGUUUGCACUUGGGGUUGUAGUAAAAAUUCCCGUGCCAAAACAAACUGCAAAGACAAGUUUCACAGUAACAUCUGGCCGUGCCAAAUACAAUGCAUCUAUUGAUUCUUUGGUUUGGAAGAUUAGGAAGUUUCCAGGGCAAACUGAGGCAACCUUGAGUGCCGAAGUUGAACUUAUUUCCACAAUGACAGAAAAGAAAUCUUGGACUAGGCCACCAAUUCAGAUGGAGUUUCAGGUUCCAAUGUUCACAGCAUCUGGUUUACGAGUUCGUUUUCUGAAGGUGUGGGAGAAGAGUGGUUACAAUACUGUUGAGUGGGUUCGUUAUAUUACAAAAGCAGGAUCAUACGAGAUUAGGUGCUAGAUGAUACACUGGGAUUGCUAGAUGGAGAAUAAUGCAAUCCCAUCAAGCUUGUUAUCCAAUUGUUAUUGCAUAGGGAGUUCUUUAUGAAAAAGAUUGAAGGUUCACGCCGUUCUCAUCGUAUAGUGUGCUCUCCCCUGUCAAUAUGAAUCUUGGCGUGUUAAGUAUGAGUUUCAACAAUUUAGUUGCAAAGACCAGCUUGUUAUUGGGACCUUAAAUUGAUUCGUUCUCGCAUGUAUACACUGUAUUUUGCCCUGGGUUCUGAUCCGUUAUAGACUUGAAUUGUUGUAGUGAUAAUGUAUUUUAAUGUUAUUGAGUGCCGAUUCUUUGAA